AGAAAUAAAGCUCUGAACUGUUAGAGCCCAACUCAGACUGAACAGAGACUCUUGCAAAAUGGAUAUUGAUUCGGUUCUGAAGCAUGUCCAGACAUUCUCACUGGUCGUCUACUGUGUGAUUAUAGUGGUUGGGACAGUGGGUAAUGGUCUGGUUAUCUACGUGACCGGCUUCAAGAUGAAGAAAACUGUCAACUCUGUGUGGUUUCUCAACUUGGCUCUGGCCGACUUCCUCUUCACAGCGUUCCUGGUGUUUACAGCAGUUUCUCUCUCUCAGCAGCACCACUGGCCUUUUGGACAGUUCAUGUGCAAACUCAACAACUUUGUGAGCUUGGUCAACAUGUUUGCCAGUGUCUUUUUUCUGACAGCCAUCAGUCUGGAUCGUUGCUUGUCCAUCUGGGUGGUGGUGUGGGCACAAAACAAGCGCACCGUCCUGAAGGCUCAAAUCAUGAGCGCGGCAAUCUGGUUGGCUGCAGGGAUUUUCAGCACACCUUCCGCCUACUUUCGCGAUGUGAUAAACCAUAAUAAUAAGACAUACUGCACUUACCUUCCAAAAGAAGUUGUAUGGCGUCUGAAUAUUGUCCGUUUUCUUAUGGGUUUUCUCAUUCCAUUCCUGGCAAUAUUUCUCACCUCUGUUGCUAUAAUCAUCCGUUCCAGGCAUCUGCAGCGGGCAAGAAAACGGAGAUUUCAUCGCAUCCUUUUCUCUAUUGUUUUGGCAUUCUUCAUCUGCUGGUUGCCCAUUCAUGUUUUGACUUUUGUAGAAGCCAGUGACCAGCGUCUCCAGAAAGUUGUUAUGAUUGGAAGUAGUCUAAGUGUGUGUUUAGCCUUCAUGAACAGUUGCCUGAAUCCCAUCCUCUAUGUUUUCAUGUGUGACGAGUUCCAGAAGAAGCUCAAAAAGUCCCUAUGUUUUGUCCUAGAAAGUGCUCUGGCAGAGGAGCAUUUGUCUUUUGCAUCGUCUCGCUCACUGUCAUCUCACUUUUCACGGAUUUCUCGAAGGUCAGAUUCUGUUGGCCCAGAAGAUAACCGUGUGCAUACGUUGACUGUCACGGAGAGCAUGGUGGCAUAGAGUAAAGGAAAGGCAAUGAAACAAAAUCAAAUGUUCAUACUCUCAUUGAAAUGGCAAGAAAAAUAAAAAAAAGAGCAAGAUAUUGCUGACAUCCAUUUGUGGAUUGAUAUAGACAAUGCCAUGCACCUGUGGAGUGAAAUAAGAAGAAUGCUUGCUGUUAUGAGCGCUUUUUAUGUUUCUUGAAAUGAUUUGUCUUUAUUUUUCACCACUCCUUAUACUAUACCCUUAUACCGUGUGAUCUAUGGCAGAAUAUUUUGAUCUAUGUGACUAUAAAAAUGUAAGGUUGUUGAAAUAAUUAAUGGAAAUAUUAACAUGUCUUGUAUUUUUUUUCUGCAUCUCUGUACUUAAUAAACUGUGAAACUGCAGAUUUUUGUGUGUUUAUCUUUGUAUGUACGUAUCCAUGUAUGACACUGUCAGCUAAGAACAGUUUAGUUGCAAGGCUCAGUUAAAAACAAGGAACAAACAUAAAACACCUUUUCAGUUUAAAGGUGGGCAGACAGAACAUUUGCAUUAUUAUUACUGUCUCUAUGUUUCCCAGACUUCUCUUGGUUUUGAGUCUUUCUUGCAUUGUGUUCUGUUUGUAUACUGCUUAUUAAUUUCUGUCCUCUGUUCAGUUUCUAUUCUGUCAUUCAUUUCCUCUCUCUUUUUUCUGAUUUUACUCUCAGAUGCUUCCUCUCAGCUCAAUAGUCUCAGUUGUUUCUUGUUCUACUCACCAGUUCUCAAUAGUAUUGUUUGGUUAUGACUGGUUCAUAUGUUCAAUCAUAUUCUGAGUAAUUCUACCCACCGUGUUUCUGAUUUGUUUUUGGGUUUAUUUAAUUUCAUGAUAUUCAGUUCUUCAGUUUUUGACCCUCUGGUUUUGUUGUUGUAUGAUGUGGAUGUGUUUUGUACCAUUAAGCAUAUUUAUUUUUACUUCAACUCUUGUCAUUUAAAAAAAGCUAAGUAUUGCUACACUGAAACUAUGAAUGCCUCCAAUAAUAGUCAAAUCAACAGAUAUAACUUAUGUACUACUUCUCAUUUAGUCAUUCUUUUUUAAUGCAAGCUUUCUCCUCUGUCUUUUUCUUUUUAACAUGUAAGCUUCACUAACUGGUGGGAGUAUGUGGCUAUAAAGAGCUUCUGGAAAUAUGUCAAGAUAUUUGGUGAUUAAGUGUAAACCUUAACAAACUAGAUUCUGUUCAUAUGGCAAGGAGAGGAAAUAAAUGUGUUAACACUGCUUACCACAAUUUCCUCUUGCAAGUAGUGAAGCAGACUGAUGGGUACUCUUAAUUUACA